GUGCACAGAGGCGGUACCGAACCCGUUGUAAGGGGGAGCUGGGGGAAUUCCCGGCUGAAAGGUUUACCGAGAGGCCGGUAUCUCAAGCCUUUUUUUUGUUGCUGCUUUCCCGAAGACAGCUACAACUCCUGAGCAGCGUCUGUCUGUGUAUGUGUGUGUGAGAGAGAGAGAGAGAGCCGGUCGCUGUCCUCCAGCAGAAACAGACUCUCUGGGCUAACACUGGUGAAGGAAGAUGACCCUUUGUGUUCCUUUGCUCUGCGUUCCGCUGCUGGAUGUCAUUACUACCUGGACUCUGAACCUGGCUCUGUGUCGCUGGGGCCUGGCUGAGCCAGUGCUGGCUCUCUGGCUGCUCUCGCUGCUGCGUGUGGGUCUGCUGGCUGUCUUGCUGCAGGCCUGCUCGCUUUCCCGGUCUGAGCUGCCGGCCUGGCUGCAGCCCCAGGAGCUCUCCUGGAUGCUGCUCAUUUCCGGCCUGCUCACUCCGGCCUACGUCAGCCUGACAGCCGCUGCCGGCCUCCCCUCCGCCGAGAUGCUGUACGGGCUGCACAACUGGAGCGCCCUGGCCCUCAACUAUGCCAGCACGGGCCUGGUCUUCCUCCUGCGCUGGCACAUCCUGCCCCCCAGCUCCGAAGGGCAGCCCGUGGGCGAGGCAGGCUCCAAGGCCACCCUGUCCCGACUGCUGGCCUGUAUGAAGCCCAACAUCGGCCACUUCCUCCUAGUGGCUCUGUUCCUGGUCCUGUCUUCACUGGGGGAGAUGGCGAUACCCUACUACACUGGCCGGAUGACCGACUGGGUGAUGAACGAGGAGGACCCAUCAGCGUUCACCAACUCUAUCAUUGCAAUGUCCCUGAUCACCAGCGCAAGUGCUCUGACAGAGUUUAUCUGUGACUGUGUCUACAAUGUUACAAUGACGCGCAUCCACACACGUAUCCAGAGCUCCGUGUUUCGAUCAGUGGUCAAGCAGAAGAUUUGUUUCUUUGACACUGAGCACACAGGUGACAUCACAUCCCGGAUCACCACGGAUACGAACACUAUGAGCGAGUCACUGACCGAGAAGUUGAGCCUGUUGAUGUGGUACCUGAUGCGGGCCUUCUUUCUCCUGGUCUUUAUGGUCAAGCUGUCCUUUAAACUGACCUUGUUCAGCAUCAUAGGCAUGUUCAUCAUCAGUAUCGUCCCGAAGUACACCGGCAAAUACUACCAGGAACUGAGGGCAUUGUUGCGAACAUUGAUGGCAGGACAUGAGGAGGCUGUAGGAGGACUCAGACAAGCUCGCAGGAAUGUCUGCCCCCAUUUUCAGAACGUGUCCUUUGAGCUGAAGUGUGGUGAGAUCACGGCCCUGGUGGGACCCUCCGGUGGGGGCAAGACGACGUGUGUGAACCUGCUCGAGAGGUUUUAUCAACCUCAGUCCGGACAGAUCCUGCUGGAUGGCAGACCCAUUGAGGAAUAUGAACAUAAAUAUUACCACAACAAGGUGGCGCUGGUGAGUCAGGAGCCGGUGCUUUUCGCACGCUCGGUGGAGAGGAACAUUGCGUAUGGCCUGGACCAGCAGCCACUGCCGUCUACAUUGGAGGAGGCAGCUACUCGCGCUGAUGCUCACCACUUCAUCAUCACACUGCAGGAGCAAUACAAGACUGGUGAGCAGGGCGACUGGCAUCUCUCUUUCUCUGCGUAUCUAACGCCCACCCCACCGUCUGUCUCUCUCUCUCUCAUUCUCUCUGUGUACCUAACCAACCGCUGCCUCUCCCCCCCACAGGUCCUGCAGUCUGUGUACAAUGGUAACGGGCAGCAUGCAGUGUUGGUCAUUGCUCACCGUCUCAGUACCAUCGAGAGGGCUGACCGCAUUGUGGUGUUGGAGGCUGGCACCGUGGUGGAGGAGGGCACACAUCAGGAGCUGCGGGAAAACGGCGGCUGUUACCAGCGGCUGCUCCAGAAACACUUCCAGGGCUUUGGAAAGAUUACGGAAGAGGAAGAGCCUGAGCCAUUGAAGAACUGAGGGAGUCCAUCAGGUCCAGGAGCUGGAGACAGGCUGGGAGGUCACAGUACACAGGGACUGACGGAGACAGAGAGACUGGAUGUGGACAGACAGACAACGACAGCACAGAGAGACAGACAGAGACAUGGACAGAGACACAGACAGAGAUAUUUACAGACAAA